ACAUCAACAACGUCGAAAACUGCUUCGCACGGUUUUAGCUGAAACUGGACACCGCUGAUGUUUCAGCGUCCUCCCGUGGGCUGCACUGCGGAGGGAUACCACACUGGAACCCGACAAUGUGGAGGCUGUUAAAAUGUCUUCUCGGGGAAUGAGACGCGAGCUUUUUCUCUAACGAUCCGAGGACCAGACUAACAUCAGAUUAAUGGUUCGUGUCGGAUGCGAGAUUUCAGUUUUGUGACGAAGACGGCAGCGAGGUGAGGCGGCGGAGGAGUGAUUCGUUUCGCCUUUCGUCAUCCAUAUCAAACCCGCGGCAGUGAGUCCGGACCACGGGGGGAAGGAAGGACCCUCUCCAUAACUUUGUGUUUUUUCCUCGCUCCACUCCAGUCGUUGAUUCCUCCCUGUUGGAUGCCACAUCACUGAAUCCAGUCACUUGCUGAGACUGAAAGGGCCAAGUGAACAGCAGCAGAGCAUGGCUGCAGUGGAAACCGACAAGGAGCUCAACGACUUGCUGGAUUUUAGCGCGAUGUUUGCGCCUCCAGCCUUAAACGGCAAGAACCGGCCGACUACUCUCGCCAGCAGUCAGUUUGGAGGUUCAGGUAUAGAUGAGAGGAGUGGGUCCAGUCACUGGGGACCAGGACAACCGAACAGUCAGUCUUUCAACCAAGGACGGGCUUAUGGAGAAGAAGGUCUUUACGGUGAACAGCAGGGGAUGGCCUCUGCCCCCAUAUUUGGACCUGGGAUUGUUGGGAAGGCUGAGCGAGGGCCAUACUCGUCAUUUGCAGCACAGCCUGGCUUUAUGCCCAAUGGAUUACCAAUGCCCAGUCCUGAUCCCCUCUCCCCGUCUGGCCUGAAGUCCAACUCCCAGUUUUAUUCCUCCUAUGAGGGGAGCAACACUCGCAGGAGACCCUCACAGGACCCCAUUGAAUCCCAGCCAAAAAAGAUCAGGAAGGUGCCCCCUGGCCUGCCCUCAUCAGUUUAUGCAUCAGCCUCAGGAGAGGAAUUUAACAGGGACAAUGCUGGUUACACAUCCUCCAAGGCAGGAAACCCCUACCCACCACCUUUCUACAUGCAAGAAGGCCUCCACCCACCCUCCGAUUCAUGGGGCCCGGCCGGGUCGAUGGUUCAGCCGGGAUUUUCCUCCAUGCUGGGCAACACCCCCCAUAUGAGCCAGCAUGGACCCUUCACAGCCAUUAACCCCCAAGACAGACUGAAACGGCAGCCACUGCCCCUCUCUCCACAAAACUACCCCCUGCAUGGCAGCGAGGUGAAUGGGGCUCAUCCCGCUGGCUUCCACUCCGGCUCCAGCAGCUUUGGUGUUUCCAACCACACACCCCCUAUUGUUGGAAGUGACUCUAUUAUGGCCAAUCGGGGACAGGCUCCUGGAAGCUCAGGUGAUGAGAUCGGAAAGGCCCUGGCAUCUAUCUAUCCUUCAGACCCGAACAGUAACGGCUUCCCUCCAUCCCCAUCUACUCCCUCUUGCUCACCUCAAGCUGUUUCAGGCUCUGCAUCUCAGUGGGCUCGCUCCUCUGGCCAGGCCACACCUUCACCUAACUUUGACAGUGGCAUUCAGACCAUGAGCAAAAUGGAGGACCGUCUGGAAGAAGUCAUCAAUGUUCUCCAGCGCCACACCAACGCCCAAGGAGUUCCAGGAUUGGCUGAAAUGCACACUCUGCUGACGUCUGGUUUAGGGCUUCCCCCUGGCUUCAACACUGCAGCACUUGGAUUGGCCAGUCGCCUUCCUGGACUGGUGUCCGGUCACCACGAGGACUCUGUUGGUCUGCCCUCUAGUGGAGGACUUCUGCAUGGUCACCACGGCGCCACAUCUGGUCCAGGCUCUCAGGCUGAAGGUUUUAAUGGCCUGACCAGCAGCCUAAAUCGUUCCAGCUCUUCAGAUAUUAAAAGAGAAGGCAAGGAGGACGAUGACAACUGCUCCCUUACUGACAAGUCAGAUGAUGAGAAAAAAGACAUGAAGAACCGACUUCAUACAAGCAGCUGCAGCAUUGUCGCUGUGACUGAUGAAAACCUCACUGCCGAGGAGAAGGAGCUGAGGGAGCGAGAGCGCCGCCACGCCAACAACACUAGGGAGAGGGUGCGUGUUCGCGACAUAAACGGAGCCUUCAGAGAGCUGGGCAGGAUGGUUCAGGUCCACAUGCAGAACGACAAGGCCCAGACAAAGCUCAUCAUCCUGCACCAGGCUGUCCAGGUCAUCAUGGGCCUUGAGAAGCAGGUGCGAGGUAGGUCGGUAAACACAGGACAGUCCCAUCCACCUGGACAACCAACCGCCUCUCAUCAUCACUGGAUGGAAGAACGCAAUUUGAAUCCAAAGGCUGCCUGCCUUAAGAGGAGAGAGGAGGAGAAAGUGUCAGGUGUGGACCCUCAGAUGCAGCUUGGUGGGGGUCACCCUGGAUUGGGUGGAGAUGGACACAACCCUGUUAGCCAUAUGUAAUUCUCAGUUCCUGUUGAUUAUACAGCCCUUAGAACACGUGGCCUUAAUCCAUCAUUGUCAUGCAUCUCGGUAUGUUAAGCAACUUUUGGAAAGUGUGUGACACACACACACACCUACACACACACAUACACGCACCACAAAUACUGACAACGCAGGUGGCCACAUCCCUGAUGAAGAAGCACACUCAUCCAUUUUACCACAAGGACUCUGGUUUGGAGACUGUGGAAAUUGGACAUGAUACAGGACUUUCUUGUGAUGUUUUGUAAAACAUUUUGAAAAAUGCAUUACAUGUUGGGAGCAAAACUUGUUUGGAUCAAAUAAAACUUUUGGAUCAACUGCUCAUGUGAGCAGAGUUAGGAUUUUCAUCGUUGGAUAAUUAUUGGCAUUCCCAUCUGAAAAGAAGGUCUUACAUUCUAUAGAAGCAAAGACGGAGAUCUGAGUUUAUGUUAUGUCUGAACAAAAACCUGUUUAAAGACACAGGCCAUAGUGUUUGUUGAAGAUUAUAAAAACACCAUUUCUAUCCUGUAAUGUAAUGACUGAAUAACUGAGGCAGGUUUGGAUAAACAGAGGGAGGAUCGAGUGGCCAAUCACAGAGCUGACUCUUCUUUUUGAUAUGCUGGUAAUCCUGGCUGUAUUUUUAUUUUUUGUUUGAUGCUUUGCUAAAAAGUUCCACAGUCAGCUACUUAAACAUGUGGUCGAAAUUUUUUCUUUUCAAUCUUGUAUCCCUGAUUCCUAUCUCUUUAUGUCCUGUACAUGUGUUAUUAUCACUGCCAUGUAAGUGGAAUGGAGAGAGAUCCCCCACUGGCACAAACACAAGCAAAGACUCUUUACAAAAUGAAUCCACACGCAUGUUUAAUUAGAUGUGGACAUCCCAACCUUCCCUCUGUGAGGCUGCUGUUGGACUCGAGCACACAAGCAUCCUCCUCAAAUCUUAAACCUUCAUCAAGCCAGUCACUCAGUCUCAGCCGUGUGCUCAUCAUAAAGCCUCUGACUCACGUCAGCCUGCCCACAACAAAUCAUGUAAAGACACUGUUACAACGUGUUGAACAUGCAUCAUGUAAGUCUCAGCAGUUUCAGAGUAUUGAAGGGGUCAUGAGUGUUACUGCAAACUUUGCCAUUGACUGACUUGUUCUGGUUGUUGCUCCUUGUUGAGCAUUUAGGGAUUUUUUUAUUUCUUUCCCUUUCGAACAAUUACAAAUCAUGUUGUAAGGAUCUUCCUAUUUUAGAACUGAUUCGACGUUUCCCUUCUCUUCUGUUUUAUUUUUUACUUUGUAAUAUAGAUGUAUGAGUUUUGUUUUUAUCAUUUGGAAUAUUCUUUCCUUUUUUUGUUUACAUUGAUUAAAUGUAAGAUGACUCUCAGUUUAGAUUCCAGGAACAAAGUGAGGUGUUUUAUUUUUUCGUGCCAGGUGCUUAGAAAUGUUAGAAAUGACAAAAUGAUCUGGCUGUACCAUCACAUGUUGUGAUAUUGCUCUUUUUUUUUUAAGAAAGAAAAUGCAUUUGAACACAAACCCGUCAAGCCAGUUGUAAGUGAAUUGUUCUGGUGUUUGCAACAGUUUUUCUUUGAAUGACACAACAAUUAUUUUCUUCUGUACACACCCCUGUCUUGUCCCUGACGUGCAACUCUGAGAUGAGCUUGUUGCCUGGUUUGAGAAAGGGGCAGAAGGGGUUGGUCAAUCUGCAACAUAAUUCAGUGUUUCAUUAUGAUAUGAAGCAUAAAAUGAAUCAAAAGGGUGGCCUUAGUCAUAUCCCUGACUUUGGGAGUUUUGAUAAUGGUUGCUCACCAGUGCCUGAAUACUUCUCUGCUACAUGGUGGAUAAUGUUGCAUUUAAGGAUUUAUAAGUUGUACCUUUUCUAUAAUACAGAUGUAUAAAAACAUAUAUACUUCAGUAACAUCUGACAGUGUCUCUGAACAUCUAAAUGAAGAAUUACACUCAUUGACGCUCAUUGCUUGAGUGUCCGUCAUUAGAUGUAAGAUGAGUAAUAACCUGGUCUUUGACCUGACACUGAAAAAACUUAAAACUUCUCAUGUAUUAUGUACUAGUUCUGUUAAAUAUAAUUUUGGUCUUGACUGGCAUGUGCAUUGAUAUGUAUGUACAGCUGUAUGAUGUGUCCUUAUCUGCUUAAUCAUUAUCGUAAGCCGAUACUGAUAUGUGACAGUAUUUGUUUUACCUCUACCUGUCAGUUCUUUACAAAUCUUGCCCCAUGGACUAGCCCCAAACAUUAUUUUCUUUGUAAGUUACCCUACCCAUUCUGCAGGAAAAAUGUGGUGUUGUUGUGAUAUGGAAAAUCGCUACUGAAGACCUGUGCAUUUAUUUCUUAACAAAACAGAUAUGUUUGUCUACAGUAUCCAAGUUUAAAGACAAACACCUGAUAUUCUUUGUUGACAAACCCUUUUCUGUCCUGCACAGCAGGUGACCUGCAACAUAUCUCUGUCUUCACUCAUGUUUGGGGACAACAUCUAUGUAGGCUAUGUCCUCAAAGUGCCUCCAGUUUCCUAUUUUUUAUAUAUAAAGUAGAUACCGAGGACUGUUGUGUCUAAUGUAGCAAUAAAUGUGCCAUUUUUCAUAACAAAGCGCAUUUUUUCCAGUGACUUUUUCAAUAAAUCAAAUAACACUU